AUGACUCAUGGAAAUACUGAAAAAGACAAAACUGUCCAUGAAACCAAGUCAAAUGAUGAGAAAGUUCCUCAUGAUAAAACAUUUGUUUCAACUGUUUUAGCUAAAAAUGAGGAAAAUGAAUUUCUCGAACCUGACCGUCACAAUAUACUUAAACGACGCAAGCCAUUUUAUGGUGGGAAAGAUCAUAUCUUUAGAGACCCUGAGGUAACAGAGUACUACCGUCAAAUGUACGAGAAUGCCACCUACGAAGGCCGCUUUCAUUUUGAUCCUGAUUUUCAAUGGACCCCAAAGCAAGAGCGGAAACUGUUGUGGAAAAUUGAAUUUCGCGCUUGUCUUUGGGCUUGUAUCAUGUUUAUUGGUCUUCAACUUGAUCGCGGUAAUAUUAGUCAGGCAUUGUCCGAUAGCAUGCUUAAGGAUCUCGGUCUAACCACCAAUGAUUAUAAUACAGGCCAAACUAUUUUCCGUGUCUGUUUUUUAGCUGCUGAACUUCCUUCACAACUUGUUUCUAAAAAAAUUGGUCCCGAUCGUUGGAUUCCCACCCAAAUUACACUCUGGUCUAUUGUGGCUAUUUGCCAAUGUAAGCUUACAGGAAAAGGAUCCUUUUAUGCAACCCGUGCACUUCUUGGUCUUCUUGAAGGUGGUUUCAUUGCUGAUACUGUUUCUUGGUUGUCUUACUUUUACACAGUGACAAGCAUUUGUGCUUCUCUUUUGGCUUUUGGAAUUCUUCGUAUGCGUGGUAUUCUUGGUUGGGCCGGUUGGAGAUGGCUUUUCCUUUUGGAAGGUAUUUUCACCCUCAUUAUUGGUCUUCUUUCCUUUAUUCAACUUCCUCCCUCACCUGUUCAAACUAAAGCUUGGUUCAGACCUAAGGGCUGGUUCACUGAAUUUGAGGAAAAGCUUAUUGUUAAUCGUGUACUUAGAGAUGAUCCUUCCAAGGGAGAUAUGCACAAUCGUCAAGCUGUCACUGUGAAGCAGCUUUGGGAAUCUCUUUGUGAUUACGAUCUUUGGCCCCUUUAUUUUAUUGGUCUCGUGUCCUAUAUUCCAACUUCAACAGUGUCUGCAUAUUUGACCCUUACGCUUAAACAGCUUGGCUUUUCUACUUUUAACACUAACUUGUUAACUAUCCCAGCUAACUUUGCCCAUCUUAUUUUGUUACUUGCCCAAACCUGGCUUACAGAAAAUAUCAACGAACGUACACUCACCAGCACUCUCCAGCCACUUUGGAUCAUCCCUUGUAUUGGUACUCUUGCCUUUUGGUCUGAUUCACUUACAAAUGUUUGGGGUACUUAUGCUGUUUUAGUUGUUCUUCUUUCCAGUCCCUAUAUUCAUGCUAUUCUGGUUGGAUGGUGUUCUCGCAAUUCAAACACUGUUCGCUCUCGUACUGUUUCAGCUGCUGUUUACAAUAUGUUUGUCCAAGCAGGAAGUAUCAUUGCUGCCAACAUUUAUCGCAAAGACGAUUCUCCCAAGUACCGCCGUGGUAACCGGGUGUUAUUUGCUAUUGCAUUUGUAUCAUUGGCUAGUCUUCUUGCAACAAAGGUUUAUUAUGUUUGGAGAAACAAGAGCCGUGAAAAGAUUUGGAGCGCCAUGACUAUAGAGGAGCAAAAUGAUUACCGUAAGAACACCAAAGACAAGGGUAACAAAAGAUUGGAUUUCAGAUUUGUUCAUUAA